UUUUAUUUAGUUGAGCGCAUAUUUUCAAGCGAAUCGGUUGAGUUGCGGAUUUGAAACAGUUGUACCUGACUUAAAAUUAGAACUGGUUGAAAUAGUGAUUAAAUAUAUACGCAGUAUAUAUGUAUGUAUACGUUACGUUAAACGGCAACGAAAUUAUUGCAAAUCUGAGACCGUAUUGUCUAAUAAAAAUCAUAUUAAGACACAAUGUUUAUCGAAUUAUUGCUGCUACUGUUUGCUCUGCUCGUAAUCGGCGACUAUUUACUGAAGAAACGUCGCAAUGAUAUGAUACAUUACAUGCCAGGACCCAAGCCGUUGCCGGUGUUGGGUAAUGUGCUCAUGUAUCGUGAUAAAAGCCAAGCAGACAUUAUAGAUUUCAUUAUGCAGAAUCGCCAGAAGUAUGGACCAUGCUAUCGCGUAUGGCUGCUGAAUCAAUUGGCGGUAUUAUUCUCAGAUCCUGCCGACGUUGAGAUAUUACUCAGCAGUUCGAAAUAUAUUAAAAAAAGUAACUUCUAUGAUCUACUACAUCCAUGGCUCGGCACCGGUUUGCUCGUAAGCAACGGCCGUAAAUGGCAUGCGCGCCGUAAGAUCAUAACACCAACAUUUCACUUUAAAAUACUCGAGCAAUUUGUGGAAAUAUUCGAUCAACAGAGCACAGUGCUGGUGAAAAAAUUGGCACAAUAUGCUGACGGAAAAACGGUACUAAAUAUAUCGCCGCUAUUAUGUUUGAUGACAUUGGAUAUAAUUGCAGAGACUGCAAUGGGUACUAAAGUGAAUGCGCAAACGAAUCCUGAAUUUCCCUACGUAUCGGCUGUCAUAAGCGUUACAUACAUGUUCGCCAGGCGCUUCACAAACGCUUGGCAGCGCAUUGAUUGGCUUUUCCGAUUGCUCUCACGCAAAGAAGCCAAAUUAUUCUACGCCAACAUCAAGCUGAUGCACGAUUUCACAGAUCGCAUUAUUGUCGAACGUCGCGCUGCGCUGGAACAAGAGCUCAGCAUUAGCGAAGCCACACCAACCGCCAGCGACACCGAACUGGGCCUGAAACGACGUAUGGCGCUGCUGGAUGUGUUGCUGCAGUCUAGCAUUGACGGCAAACCGCUGAGCAAUAAAGAUAUACGCGAAGAGGUGGACACAUUCAUGUUCGAGGGGCACGACACCACCUCCAGCGCACUCACAUUCUGUCUGCACUUGAUCUCCAGGCAUCCCCUUGUACAGGCGAAAUUAUUUGAGGAAAUACGUAAAGUGCUGGGCGCUGACAAAGAUCGCCCAGUGACACAACGCGACCUCGGCGAACUGAAGUACAUGGAGUGUGUAAUCAAGGAGACCCUGCGUUUAUAUCCAACAGUGCCGCUAAUUGCACGCAACUUCGAGGAGGAUGUUAUUAUACGUGGCAAACCGAUACCCGCCGGCACAAAUGUUACCAUCGGCAUUUAUAUUAUGCAGCGUGAUCCGAAAUAUUUUCCCGAACCCGACGCAUUUCGACCGGAACGUUUCCUUAACGAAUCCCUUGAAGAUGGCGAGACGAAAAAUACGUACGUUUAUGUGCCCUUCAGUGCUGGACCACGCAACUGUAUUGGUCAGAAAUUUGCCAUGUUAGAAAUGAAGAGCACUUUAAGUAAAAUAUUGCGGCACUUUGAGUUGCUGCCGCUGGGCGAAGAAUUGCGGCCAACAUUGACUAUAGUAUUACGCUCCGAGAAUGGCAGUCAAAUGGGCUUGAAGCCGCGUAAUUAUGCUUCAACGAGCAGUCAAGUAGUGGAUUAAGUUUGGGUGGUUGUAAAAUUUGGGGAAAUGAAAGGUUCUUUCGAAAAAACAAAUAUCGGUUGGACGUAAUAAUCAGGAGCUUGUUUUUCAGCAGCACUUUUUAUACGGUGCUAGAAACAACUAAAUAUUAAUGCUAAUAUAUAAGAUCUAGUAAAAUAAA